AUGAUCUUGAAGAACCGGAAUGACACACUCUACCUGUACCACCAGGCACACAGGAGUGUAAGGAGAAUCCUGCCCCUCCUCACCCAGCGGGCCUCCAUCAUCGGCUUCCCCUGGGAUACGGGAGCGAAAGGGAAGAGAGUGAGGCGGGCAGGGGAGGAGGGCGAGAGAGCUGGUUAUCACUUCCCCGGCUCCGAGUGGAUAAUUACACAGCUGUCUGAGCCCCAGGACGGGGCCAGGCGGCAAUCCUGGGUGGCUUUCAGCUUCUCCUGCUGGCCCCUGUGCCGCUGCUGCCAGGCUGGCAGGGAGACUAAGGUGGUGAAUAACUUGCUCAUACCACACUGUGACGAUCUGGUGUGUCUGGGAUUCGAAUCCUGGUCUGAGGGAAGUUCUGUCUCUGUGACUUGGCCCCUGAACCUGCGUCCUCCCAGAAGGUGCUGUGAUGAUGUGUCCUAUCCCCACCAAAGCCCAAAGUGCCAGCUGUGCCCACUAGGCAGAAGGACACAUGCCUUGCUUGUCAGUGCCGAGGGUCCGAGGGGCUGCUGCUGUCUUUCCUGCUUGCGUGGAUCCGUGGAGAUGCCCCUGCCAGAGAAUCCAGUUGUAACACCUCAGACUGAGGUAGCGGGAGGAGGAGUUCAAAAGAUCAGCAUCACCCUCAUUUUCAAGAUGAACAAACCAAGUGUGAUGCAUACCCAGGGAACACAGGCUUGUCUCAUGAUGCAAGCAAACACAUUCAUGUCGGCCAUAUAUCAAUCUCACCUGACAACUAUCGUGGACUUUAUCUGA